AUUUCUUAUGAGUCAAGCUCGAGUCACAUUGGCUUAAGACGCAAUGCUGUGUACUCUCCUACAGCGAUGAACACUACAGCAAUAAAAGCAGCGAUUUGCAGACCGCAAAGCUAUUGUUCUCUCCUGAAAACUGCGUUUUUCCAUUCUACUCCUGUCUUAGAACGCAAACGUCGUUCCUCGUCUUCUUCAGACGGUCUCUUCUCUACAUGUAAAUCAAAUGCUCAGAAGAAGAAGAGAAGCAAGAAAUUUUUGAGGGAACAUCAAGAAGCAGUGCGUCGUGCUGUUGAACAACUUAAACAAGAAAGAGAAGAGGCCGCUAAAAAAGCUAAAGAAGCUAAAGAAGAAGAGAAUAGCAAACACGGCCCCUACAGGUCGGAAAAAAAAAGGCAUUCCAGUUACUGCGAUAACGACUUUGAAUUUAUAUUCCAAAAUCUAUUUAAAGAAUCUCGAGAUUCCUAUUAUUCGACCCAUAGAGAGAAGGAACAUAAUUGGUGGUAUCACUCUUCAUGGUCUUCUAAUUACUCUAGCAACUCUUGGAGAUCGAAAUAUAAAUUCUAUGAAGGAGGAGAAGAAAAAGAUGAGAAAGAAGAAGAAGAAGAAGAAGAUGGCUAUGGUUCAAGAAGAUCCAGAGGCUCAGUGUCUGACUCAAUUGAAUACCAAGCCUCUCAUAGACAAACACUUGGUCUGAGUCCUUGGGGUCCCUUAAAACUCGAAGAUGUCAAAAAAGCAUAUCGAACUUGUGCAUUAAAAUGGCAUCCAGAUCGUCACGAGGACUCUACCAAGGAGGCAGCUGAAGAAAAGUUCAAGCUCUGCACUGUGGCUUAUCAAUCUUUAAUCGAGAAGCUAGCAGUCAAAUAAUUUUUUUUUGUAAGAGUUAGAUAGGUUUUGAUUACUUAGAUUUCUUAUAACUAAUAAUUUCCUAAA